CAAUUAAGUGGUCGCAAAAUAUAGAAUCUUCUACGUACAUACUUUCAAACAUCAACUUAAGUUUUCGGUUGAAUUGACUUUCUUGUUAGGGUCGAGAGCCUUUUGUCUCUGCGGAGGGUCUCGAACAACUUCAUCGUUUCUUGUUCGUUCUGGCCAUCACUCAUGUCCUCUACACUUUCAUUGCUGUGGGCUUGUCUAUGAGCAAGAUUUACAGUUGGAAGAAUUGGGAAAAUCAAGUCAAAAAUAAUGGAACUCAGAGUAACUUACAAGAAAAGAGGAAGAAGGGGAUGAAUGGGAUGAUGAGGCAACAAUCCACUUUUGCCCUUCAUCACACAUCACAUCCAUGGAGUAGAAAUCCCAUUUUAAUCUGGAUUCUAUGCUUCUUAAGGCAAUUCAGGAGUUCCAUUCAGAUGUCUGAUUACUUAGCACUGCGUUUGGGUUUUAUCAAUAAUCACCAGCUUCCGCUUUCAUAUAAUUUCCACAAAUACAUAAACCGUAGCAUGGAAGAUGAAUUUUAUGAAAUUGUCGGGAUCAGUUGGCCACUAUGGGGUUAUGCUAUCAUUUGCAUCUUUGUAAAUAUUCAUGGUCUUAAUAUCUAUUUCUGGCUUUCUUUCAUACCUGUUAUUCUGGUAAUGGUGGUCGGGACAAAACUCCAACAUGUCAUGUCCGUGUUAGCACUUGAAGUUGGGGAACCAAAGGUUCCCGUCAAUGGCGGAACUCAGAUGAAACCGCGCGACGACUUGUUUUGGUUUGGGAAGCCCGAAAUUUUGUUGCGAUUGAUCCAAUUCGUGUCGUUCCAGAAUGCUUUUGAGAUGGCUACAUUUAUCUGGUCUUUGGUUAGAGUUUAAUUUCUUGUCUCUAAACUAUAUGUUUGUACCUUCCAAAUUAAUCAAAAUCAAAGGUUGCAAUAAGUUUAUUAAUUACCUCCACUGCAGUAAAAUAAUAAGCUAAUUAAAUGUUAAAACUUGCACAAAAUUUUGCAGUGGGGAUUUGAUGAGCAUCAAUCUUGCUUCAUGGAAAAUCACUCUAUCAUAUCAGUCCGAUUGACCUCGGGGGUUCUUGUCCAACUAUGGUGUAGCUAUAGCACAGUUCCAAUGAAUGUUAUCAUCUCACAGAUGGGGUCUCGGUGCAGAAAGGCAAUAAUAGCAGAAAGUGUGCGGGAAUCGCUUCACACGUGGUGCAAAAGAGUUAGAGAAAGAUUAAAAUAUGGUACGCCUUCGCAAGUAUGUACAACUAGUAGACCUAUAUGCUCGCCAUCACUCCAAUCGUCAACAAUAAUGGAUUAUGAAAGAGAUGACGAUGAUGAUGAUGAUGAGAUAAAGACACACCAAGUUUGACAUCAUUAGUAUCUCACAAACAAUGACGGUUACAGUCACAUACAAUGAGUAUAUGUGCAAGAUUGUUAUUAAUGAUGUCGCCUUGAUGAUAUUGGUGAGGUUGUUAAAGUAAGAAGAUGAAAUGAACUAACAAUAUAUAUGGUUUUCCGAACAAAAACCUUGAUCUUUAAUUAGUGCAGCAAAUGAAUGUUCUUUUUGCAUUUCUUAUGAUUAAUUCAUUGUAAAAUAUCCAACAAUUCUCUCCACAACUGGGAGAUUCUGAUCUUCCAUAAUAAACUUGUGUUUUGGGA